CACAAUUCGCCUUGAAAAAGUCUCGACUACCCAAUUCGAGGCUUUGCUCCGCUAACAUCAGGCGAUGCAGCCUUCCCUUUGGCUUCCAACUCGUUUCGAAUGGCUCUUCGACUUCUCUGUUCCUCUCAAUCUUGUUCAUGGCGCUUUAAAACCAGUCCGCGCUCAAGAAUUGCUGCAGCAACUUAUCACGACUACGCACGAUAUGCAACACCCGGCGGCGUCGUUCGCAUCCCGUUGUACUCCCCAAAGAUCAUAGGUGUUGCAAGUUCACGGGGCGAUAGAAAUAAUCAAGAGGACUUUUAUUCAUUCGCAACUCUGUCGUUGAACCCUGAAGAACUUCGCCUCAGUCUCAAGAAGCAUAAUGGGGUGGAUUGGGAUUCAAGCCUCGUUGGAGAACCACUCAAUAGAGAGGUCACAUUUGUCGGAAUCUAUGACGGUCAUGGCGGGUCCACUGUGUCACAAUACCUCCGUCAAGAGCUUCACGGUCUGUUUGAGUCCUCAAACAAGCUGCAGAUUCCAGAAAUGUAUGCUUGGGCUAGAGAAAUCGGUGGUUACUUCAAACGAUUUGAUGGCGGUGUUCUGAAACCUUGGAUUCAUCCGUCUGCACACCACGAAGGUGAAAUGGAUCUGACCGCUCGUGCGACCCUCACUUUCCUCCAGGCAGGCGUGGACCGAAACCUCACAGAGGAACCAUUGGCAAAAAUCUCUGGUUCUACUGCUUCCGUUGCAAUACUUCACUCCUUAGAUGCUCCUUCAUCACCAUUCUUUUCAUCUCAGAAACUGGCCUUGACUGUAGCUCAUGUUGGCGACACUCGUGUGCUGUUGUGUUCCACAGACCGCGGGCGUGUGCUUCCCAUGACGGAAGCGCAUCGAGCUGAGGGACGCGUCGAGUCUACUCGAUUAAGGCGCAUGAUGGGCACUGGUCUUAUCACCGACUCGUUCGGCGAUGCGAGGCAUGCACCGCUCAACUUUUAUUGCAGGUGGAUGGGUGUACUCCAGAAUACCAGAAGCCUCGGUGAUCUGAAAUGGAAACCGUUUGGAGUUACCCCUGAACCUGAAGUCAGAACCAGGAUCUUAGAGGGUUCGAAAUGGGCCUACAUUGUCUUUGUCUCUGAUGGUGUUUCAUCUGUCGUGUCCGAUGACGAAGUUGUCGACCUCGCGCGCGCCGCACCGGAUCCAAAGACAGCCGCCGAACGCAUCCUCUCUUUCGCGCAGGAGAUGGGCUCCGACGAUAAUGCCACUGCAAUCGUUGUACCACUUGCCGGGUGGGGUAAGAUCCAAGGCCCUGAUCGGACGAAUGAUCUGAGAGAGUACAGGCGACGUCAGAUAGGUAAUGCACCACCUCAAUAA